CCGCUCCCACCCCCAACCGCUUCCCCCCUUCGUCUCCUCGCCCCGAUCCCCCAGAUCCGACCCCCUCGCAGCUCGAUCGGGAAGGAGCCCCCACCCGGCGCCAAGGCAAGCAGCGGCCGCGGCGCCCGCGCCUCCCCCCUCCUCGGAUCCGCCCACCUGUCGGUCCCCGACCGUGCGUGCCGCGCGCCGACCAGAUCCCGGCCAUGGCCGCGCGCCUCCACCCGCAUUGCUGCUGCUGCUGCUAGCGCACAUGGCCGCCGCGGCCGCCUCCUGCCGGCGCCCGAUCGCCUGGUUCUUCGGCGUCGCCGCCGCGCUCUUCUUCGCCUCAUGGUACCUCCUCCUCGACUCCGCCGCGCCGCCGCCGGCGCUGCUGGCCGCGCGGGGACAGGGGCUCCGCGCCGGCUCCACGGCCCGGAAAUGCGACCCGGCCGCCGCGGCGCUGCGGGUGUUCAUGUACGACCUGCCCCACGAGUUCCACUUCGGCCUGCUCGACUGGAAGCCCCGGGGCGGCGGCGGCGUGUGGCCGGACGUUAGAUGGGGCGGGGGCGUGCCGGAGUACCCCGGUGGGCUGAACCUGCAGCACAGCAUCGAGUACUGGCUCACGCUGGACCUGCUCGCCUCCGAGCAGGGCGCGCCCACGCCGUGCGGCGCCGUCAGGGUGCGCGACGCCGCCGCGGCCGACGUCGUCUUCGUGCCCUUCUUCGCCUCGCUCAGCUUCAACCGUCACUCCAAGGUGGUGCCGCCCGCGCGGGCCAGCCAGGACCGUGCGCUGCAGCGGAGGCUGCUUGAGUACCUCGUCUCGCGCCCGGAGUGGCGGAGGUCCGGCGGGAGGGACCACGUCGUGCUCGCCCACCACCCCAACGGGAUGCUCGACGCGCGCUACAAGCUCUGGCCCUGCGUCUUCGUGCUCUGCGACUUCGGAAGGUACCCGCCCAGCGUCGCCAGCCUCGACAAGGACGUCAUCGCGCCGUACCGGCACGUCGUCCCCAACUUCGUCAAUGACUCCGCCGGCUACGAUGACCGGCCGACGCUGCUCUACUUCCAAGGCGCCAUUUACAGGAAAGAUGGAGGUUUCAUCAGACAGGAACUGUAUUAUCUCCUCAAAGAUGAGAAAGAUGUACAUUUUUCCUUUGGAAGUGUGGUGGGCAAUGGAAUUGAGCAAGCAACACAGGGGAUGAGGGCUUCCAAGUUCUGCCUCAACAUUGCAGGCGAUACGCCAUCCUCCAAUCGCCUAUUCGAUUCCAUAGUCAGCCACUGUGUUCCUAUCAUCAUCAGUGAUGAGAUUGAGCUCCCGUUUGAAGAUGUCCUUGAUUACUCCAAGUUCUGCAUCAUAGUGCGUGGUGAGGAUGCGGUCAAGAAGGGUUUUCUUAUGAAUCUGAUCAAAGGAAUAAGCCGAGAAGAUUGGACACGCAUGUGGAACAGGCUGAAGGAAGUAGAAGGGCACUUUGAAUAUCAGUACCCAUCUCAGAAUGAUGAUGCUGUUCAGAUGAUCUGGAAGGCCAUAGCUCGAAAGGUGCCCUCAAUUCGGUUGAAGGUGAACAGAUUACGAAGAUUUUCUCGGUUUGAAACUAACAGAAUGGAUGAGACUCCGACGAGAUCUCCCUGGCUAGAAAGCCAAGCUAGUUGAUAUUAGAGGGAUAAACUCUCGGCAAAUUUUUGACCCUCUGCAAGAUGGAAGUGUCUAACUGUCGAUAAUGAAAAGUGAGCUUAUUAGACCACAAGCAGGGAUCAAAUGCUACAGUCGAAGAGAUUGAUGGAGUAAAGUACACCGGCUAAAUUUUGGCGUCAUAGUAUCACAGAUAUGAGAGGCACAUUUUUUUUCCCUUCUCAUUAUUUUACGAAUUUUCCACUGAAGUUUGUUCAGCCACAGAUAGGGACAAUAAAUUGUGUCAGAAACUGUAUAUUCUAGGCAGUAGUUUGAUUGCUGAUUAGCUACAUUCGGUUGCACUUGCACAUUGGUUCACUUGAACUGAAGCUCACAUUUUUCAGGUGUAAGGGAAUAUUUUGGCACCUUCAGAUUCUAUCGGUUUUGUUUUCUACAAAAUUGAAGGCAUGAAUUGUGGGGUCACGAAACUGAUCCGAACUUGUGAAGUACCUAAAUGCUGCCAAGCAAAGUUGCAUGUUGGCCAGCCGACUCCCUAAUUAAAUUCCACACUGGCCUGGUCCGGCGAAACCCUGCUCGGCAGCUUCAGGAGUCAGGACAAUAGUGCUGGGCAUGGUAAUUUGGCAUGGGGUGGGCGUCUGUCUGAUGCAAAAGAGACCAUUUUCUACAUGUAACUGAAAUUAUACUCGAUUUCAAACUUCCAUUCACUUAAUUUUUUUUUCUCGUGUCACUGCCACUAAAGUCCGUUUGGUUGUUGUUACCUGGACUGACGAGUGGGUCCUGAUUUUACUAAAUCCCUCUUGCCUCUGUUCUCCCUCUCUUCCCUCUCUUGCAUCCAUUCUCCCUCCCGUGAACCCUAGCUGGAGGCGGCGGCCAGGGAGGCGCGCGGCGGGCUGCGGGCAGCCGGGGAGGCGCGCGGCGGGCUGCGGGCGUCAGGGGAAGCGCGCGGUGGGCGGCCGGGAAGGCGCGUGGCGGGCGGCCUGGUAGGUUGUAAUGAAAUCAUUUCACUGAAUUUUGCAGCACCAUCGCCGCUGGAGUCGUCGGUGCAGCCUAAUGCGGCGGUUGAUCCCACGGUGAUGUCGCCGUCGCCGCCGAUCAUCCAGGGGCAGAGGCCGCUGUUGCUGCCGAGCUUGGCGUGGAGGAGAGCUCAUGUGUCCAUGGCGUCUGUUUCAGUAGUGCUACUGAUAGCUGCAUCAUUUUGGCUUGAUUAGGAUGGAUUGAACUGGAAAUGAAUGUUUUAGCACAGGAACUGAAGCAUGUUCGGUCCAUUGCAUAUAAUUAUUUAGCAUUGGGAAUUGCACGGGGAUUCUUGUAAGAAAAUUUUGAUGGCUUUGGGUUGUUCAUGUAAUUAUAUUUCUGGUGGAUGAAUGAAAUGCUGGCAUGCAUUUGUCUUU